AUGGCGGGUGAAAAGGUGGAGAAGCCUGCUGCUAAGAAGAAACUCGGACCCAAGACUGUCGGUCCAGAUGGCAAGGUUAAGAAGAACCAUCGCCCCAAGGUUAAGAAGCCAAAGAAGGGGAAGCCCCACUGCAGCCGCAACCCAGUCCUUGUCCGGGGGAUUGGCCGUUAUUCCCGGUCUGCUAUGUACUCCAGGAAGGCCCUGUACAAGAGGAAGUACUCUGCUGCGAAGUCCAAGAUUGAGAAGAAGAAGAAGAAGGAGAAGGUUCUUGCCACAGUCAGAAAGCCAGUCGGUGGCGACAAGAACGGCGGUACCCGGGUGGUGAAGCUGCGUAAGAUGCCUAGGUACUACCCGACCGAGGACGUGCCCCGGAAGCUGCUGAGCCACGGCAAGAAGCCCUUCAGUCAGCACGUGCGGAGACUGCGGGCCAGCAUCACUCCGGGAACGGUCCUGAUCAUGCUCACCGGGCGCCACAGAGGCAAGAGGGUGGUUUUCCUGAAGCAGCUGGACAGUGGCCUACUACUUGUCACUGGGCCUCUCUGCCUCAAUCGCGUCCCCCUGCGCAGAGCACACCAGAAAUUCGUCAUCGCCACCUCCACCAAAGUUGAUCUCAGUGGUGUGAAAAUCCCAAAACAUCUCACUGAUGCUUACUUCAAAAAGAAGAAGCUGCGAAAGCCCAGGCACCAGGAAGGUGAGAUCUUCGACACAGAGAAAGAGAAAUAUGAGCUGACCGAGCAGCGCAAGGCUGAUCAGAAGGCUGUGGACUCGCAAGUCAUGCCCAAGGUCAAAGCUGUUCCUCAGCUCCAGGGCUACCUGCGCUCUGUGUUUGCACUCUCCAACGGGGUUUAUCCUCACAAAUUGGUGUUCUGACUUUCUUACAAGCACCUCAUUAAAUCAUGAAUCCAUUUUC